AUGCAGUCCUACUUACAGUAUCGAAGAAUCCACCAAGCUGUCCAGCGCCAGUAUGAUGCACCUUCAAGAGAAGAGGAAGGUACAUGGGAUGCGGGGGACAAAUCUCCGGACAACUCCUCCGGUGUGACAGAUCCCACCGAGAAAGACCAAGCCCCGGCCCCAGAGUCGCAGACUGUCGUGGUCGGCUGGGAUGACUAUGAUAUACACCUGAGUCCACGCCAGUACAGUCCGCGCCGGAAGGCCUGGAUGACAGUUCUAGUCGCCUUGGUUGGGCUUUCGUGUACAGCAGCCUCCGCCAUAGAUUCCGCCGGGGUGCCGCAGAUUAGUGAACACUGGGGUGUCUCGAAGGUGGUCGGCUCAUUGGUAACUGGCCUCUUCAUGAUCGGCCUCGGCCUCGGCUCCUUCAUAUCCGGGCCGUUCUCCGAGACCUUCGGCCGGAAUAUGGUGUAUAUCGUGACGAUGCUUGUCUUUCUGAUCUGGAUUAUGGCGGCCGGUCUGGCACCUAAUAUUCAGAGUCAUCUCAUUUUCCGCUUUUUGGCGGGGCUGUUCGCAGCGACUCCUCUCACCUGCGUCGGCGGGACCGUCGCCGACCUGUGGGAUCCGCUGCAGAAGACAUACGGCUUCGUCAUCUACACAAUUCCCGCGUUCAAUGGCCCGAUGAUCGGACAGGUCAUAGGAAGUUAUAUCCCCACCACCAUCGGAUUUCGGUGGCUGGAAUGGAUCAUGCUGAUCUUCGGGGGGUUAAUGUUUGUGGUUAUGAUCUUGUUCCAGCAGGAGACGCACCAGGAUACCCUCUUGACGUGGAAAGCCGCCGCGCUGCGCAAAUACUCUGGGCAGCCGCAUUGGAGAGGACCAGCCGAAGUACGCGAGAUCUCCCUGGGACAACGACUGAAGAUUGCGACCUCCCGACCCUUCGCCUGGAUUAUCACCGAACCGAUUAUUGUACUGACCUCCCUCUACCUGAUCGCAAUCUAUAUCAUUCUAUUCUUAUUCCUCGAGGGGUACCGAUUUAUUUUCGAGGAUAUCUAUCACUUUUCCGAAGGGAUGAACAACGUGACGUGGAUUGCUAUGUUUAUCGGUUCGAUGUUCAUCCUCUUCCAGGUCCCGUUUGUCUGGCACAUUUCGAAGAAACAACAAGAAGCCCUGGGCCGCAUCCGCCCGGAGACACGACUGUGGUACGCUAUGCUUGGAGGCGCCCCAGCCAUCCCAAUCAGUCUCUUCUGGAUGGGCUGGACUAGUUACCCUCAUAUCAGUGUCUGGUCUCCCAUCAUCGCGUCUGCGGUCUUCGGGUUCGGCAUCACAACCGUCUUCGUCAGUGCGCAUCUAUAUGUGAUCGAUGCGUACGAGGCGGGCGCGGCGUCCGCCUUCGCCAUGCUUGUCAUGCCCCGGUACCUGGCGUCCGGCGGCAUCACCGUUGCCGGAAGCCCGAUCUACUCCAGCAUCGGCGUCCACUAUACCUUAACCAUCUUGGGGGCGAUCAGCGCCGCCAUGGCCUUUAUUCCGUACAUCUUCUAUUUCUUUGGCCACCACAUCCGGCGGGUCAGUCCCCAUGCCGUGGUUCAUGAUUAG